AAAAACUAAUUUUAAGCGCCAUUUGCUUAUCAUCUGCGUUACUUUCGCUUAACUUUAGCUGAUUGACCAUUUAAAAGUGUUGCGUAUACAAAGGCGUAACACAAAACUAUAAAAUGUCCAAAAACUCUGGGCGUGACCGUGACAGAGACCGGGAGCGUGAGCGGGACAGGGAUCGUGAGCGUGACAAGCGCGAUGCUCGGUUGCAGGACUACGACCAAGGCAAAUCGUCCCGGAAUGGUGGAGGAUUGAGCAGCAAUUUGCGUAGUGGAGGACGGGACGAUCGAAAGCGUGGCAAAGAGGCGAGCAAAGACAUUGACCGUCGUCGAGAUGAGAAGCGAAGAAAACGUUCUAGGUCUAAGGAUUAUGAUAAGGACAAGCGGCAGCCGGAGCGCGAACGAGACCGUGAUAAGGAUAAGGAGCGCGAUCGAGAAAGGGAACGGGAGCGUGAAAAGGACAGAGAACGUGAACGCCAGCGGGACAGAGAUCGUGAAAAGGAGCGUGAACGUGAGAAGGAGCGCGAGAGAGAUCGUGAUCGACAGCGGGAAGGUUCGACACGAUAUAACACGCACGCCGCACCCGUUGUCAUACCCGUGCCCUCUUCCAGCUCGUCGGAAGAUGAGAUCGACAAGGAGGAGCAACAAAGGCGGCUGGAGCAGGAGAUGAUCAAGCGAAGGGAGCGUAUCGAACGCUGGCGUGCUGAACGUAAACUCAAGGAGCUGGAGGCGGUCAAGCGCGAGAGCAAACCGAGUGCGCCUGCCGUCGUAAAGACGGCCAAAAAGUGGAGUCUUGAGGACGAGUCCGAAGAGGAUGACAGCAAUCAUGCGCCCAUCAUAGACACCAAAAAAGAGCCCGACUCGCCUCCAUCAAAGUUCCACAGCAUACGCAAGCAAUUCGAAGAUCCCGACAUUGUCGAAUCAUUCUCGCCCCUGAAACGUAGUGGAUUUAGCAAAGUUAUAAGCCUAAAUACGGGUACGCAGCCUUCUUCAGGUCUUAUGCUGUCCUCGUUCAAAACUGCGACUACAAAUCGCAAUCAAUCCAAGGAAGUCAGCUCCCCUGUCAAAGGAUCGACAUCAGCGGCACCUGCACCGCCUGUCAUAAAAGCCGAAAACGACACAAAGCCGGCCGAGGCAACAGCCACCUCUAAUUCCUCUGAAACCACUAAAGAAGCACCGAAAGCGCAGACAGAAAUAGAGGUGAUCAAAAGUGAGGACGCCGAAGCUGCAGCAGAGCCUGAGAACGAGGACAAAGACGAAGCAAGCAAGGCUCCUGGCAAGGAGAGAGAGGACGACGUCGACCCAUUGGACGCUUAUAUGCAGGAGGUGAACAAAGAGAUGCGGCGUAUAAAUCAUUUUGUAAGUCCGCCGAAAAAGGCGCAGGGCGUGGUCAUACUGACGGGCAUAGCCAAAAAGAAAACGAAUACCGUGAAGAAGGGCGAACUAAUUGAACAGAACAUGGACAGCUUGGAGUAUUCUAGCGAGGAUGAGCUCGAGGAUAUACGCGACACAGCCGUCAACCUGGCGAUGAAGCAUCGCAAGGAGUUGGCCAAAAUAGAUCAUUCCUCGGUCACUUAUGCGGCAUUCCGUAAGAAUUUCUAUGUAGAGGUGCCGGAACUUACGCGUAUGACCUCAUCGGAGGUGGAUCGCUAUCGCAGCGAUCUAGAGGGUGUGCACGUCAAGGGCAAGGGCUGCCCUAAGCCCAUCAAGACUUGGGCGCAGUGCGGUGUCAGUAAGAAAGAGAUGGACGUGCUGCGCAAACUGGGCUUUGAGAAACCAACGCCCAUUCAGUGCCAGGCCAUACCGGCCAUCAUGUCUGGCCGAGAUCUAAUAGGUAUUGCUAAAACUGGCAGUGGCAAGACGUUGGCAUUUAUUUUACCAAUGUUUAGGCAUAUUCUGGACCAGCCUCCGCUCGAGGAUGGCGACGGCGCCAUUGCCGUCAUCAUGGCACCCACUCGCGAGCUCUGCAUGCAAAUCGGCAAGGAUAUACGCAAGUUCAGCAAAACCCUGGGCCUCCGGCCGGUUUGUGUCUACGGUGGCACUGGAAUUUCCGAGCAAAUAGCCGGACUGAAGCGUGGAGCCGAGAUAAUUGUCUGUACACCUGGUCGCAUGAUUGACAUGUUGGCAGCCAAUUCUGGCCGUGUCACGAAUCUGCGUCGUGUCACCUACAUUGUGCUGGACGAGGCCGAUCGCAUGUUCGACAUGGGCUUUGAGCCGCAGGUAAUGCGCAUCAUCGACAAUGUGCGGCCCGAUCGCCAAACGGUGAUGUUCAGUGCCACAUUUCCACGUCAGAUGGAGGCACUAGCUCGUCGCAUUCUAAAGAAGCCCAUCGAGGUGAUUGUGGGCGGUCGCUCGGUGGUCUGCAAAGAUGUCGAACAACAUGCUGUCAUACUCUCGGAUGAGGCCAAGUUCUUCAAGCUGCUUGAGCUGCUGGGCAUCUAUCAGGAGAAGGGCAGCAUCAUCGUGUUCGUGGACAAGCAGGAGAAUGCAGACAUUUUGCUGCGCGAUCUGAUGAAGGCCUCAUAUCCCUGCAUGAGCCUGCAUGGCGGCAUUGAUCAGUUCGACCGUGACUCCACCAUCAUUGACUUCAAAUCGGGCAAGGUGCGUCUACUGAUUGCCACUUCGGUGGCUGCACGUGGUCUAGAUGUCAAGGACCUCAUACUAGUUGUAAACUACGAUGUGCCCAAUCACUACGAGGACUACGUGCAUAGGUGCGGACGCACGGGUCGUGCUGGCAACAAAGGCAGCGCCUACACGUUCAUCACCCCCGAACAGUCCCGCUAUGCUGGCGACAUUAUACGCGCCCUAGAGCUUUCCGGCACACCAGUGCCCCCUGAGCUUCAAACCUUGUGGAGCGAUUACAAGACCGCCCAGGAGGCCGAGGGCAAAACGGUGCACACCGGCGGUGGCUUCAGCGGGAAGGGCUUCAAGUUCGAUGAGCAUGAGUUCAAUGCGGUCAAGGAGAGCAAGAAACUGCAGAAGGCUGCUCUCGGCCUCGCCGACUCUGACGAUGAGGAGGACAUCGAGCACGAUAUUGAUCAGCAGAUCGAGCAAAUUUUUGCGGCCAAGCGUACCGUGAAGGACACCAGUGGCAAUCCGGCAUUAGCAACUGCCACCGCUCAAGCAGCAGCCGCGGCGGCUGCCGCCAAUCUGGCAAUUGCUGCCACCAAUACCACGCCCUUGGCAGCUGUUACGCAGGCCGCCGCACAGGUCGCUGCCGCCAUGGGCUCCGAUAAGUUGGAGCUGGCAAAACGACUUGCCUCCAAGAUCAACAGCACGAAGAAUUUGGACACGAAGAGCAGUCAAGUGGCCGCUGAGGCCAUUAUGAAGGGCCAGCAUAGUGUCAGUGCCGCCCAACCGAUGCUCACGGCCCGCACCGUUGUCGAGCAGCUGGCGGCCAAACUCAAUGACAAGCUCAACUACCAGCCCAAGGAGGAUGAGGAUGGGCUGGGCUCUCUAAUGGGCAGCACCACCAAUUCGUUUACCAAAUACGAGGAGGAGCUCGAGAUCAAUGAUUUCCCGCAGCAGGCGCGCUGGAAGGUCACCUCUAAGGAGGCCCUUGCCCACAUCUCCGAGUACUCUGAGGCCGGUCUAACAGUACGCGGCACCUACGUCCCCCAGGGCAAGAAUCCGCCCGAAGGGGAGCGCAAACUCUACUUGGCCAUCGAGAGCUGCAGCGAGUUGGCCGUGCAGAAGGCUAAGCGCGAGAUCACGCGCCUAAUCAAGGAGGAACUUCUCCGGCUUAGCUCUGCGCAUCAUGUGUUCAAUAAGGGGCGAUAUAAGGUUGUCUAAAGGCACUGAAAACAAUAACAAUAAUCAUAACAAUAACAAAUACAAAUAAUAAUAAUAAAAAAAAGGAACAACAAUUAUAAGUAGAAGAAUAGGAUUAGGCAUAGGCAUAAUAGUGACAACCAGCAGAAGGGAAACAAUUGUAAAUCGGGAUGAAAUUUGAAUACGGGGCAUGCGUCUCAAUGCGCCCCCUGUGGGCGUGGCAUGUGGUUGGGCUCGUAUCAGCUUUGUAUACGUAUUGGUAUCGUUUUAUUUCUCAUAGAUCUUUUCACGUAUGCUGUACAAAAUUAAAAUUUAUAUAUACUAUAUAUAUUAUUAAUACAUAUAUGUAUAUAACUCGAUUCUGGUAUGUUGUUUUGUUCUCAUUUCAUUAUUUUUAUUUCGUUUCGCAUUUCGCAUACUUGCUGCAUUUCAUUUUAUUAUUUACUUAUAUCAUCCAUCGCCCACUGCGCUUAUCA